AUGGCUGACUCCACCAUUCAAGUCCAUGAGAUGUUUGACACCAUUCUCAUUCUGGACUUUGGUUCACAGUACUCGCACUUGAUCACUCGACGCAUUCGUGAAUUCGGUGUCUACUGCGAGUUGCUCCCUUGUACCCAAAAGAUCUCGGAGUUGACCUGGAAGCCCACUGGUGUCAUUCUGUCCGGAAGUCCUUUCUCUGUUUAUGAUCACGAUGCCCCUCGUCUUGAUCCUGAUGUCUUCAACCUUGGUGUCCCUGUCCUUGGAAUUUGCUACGGUCUUCAGGAAAUGACCAACUACUUUGGAGGCAAAGUUGACCCAUGCGAUCACCGCGAGUAUGGUCCUGCCACUCUCACCAUCCUUCCUGCCGGUGAAGCUGACGCUCAAUCCUCUAUGCUCUUUGAGGAACUGAGUGACGAGUCUCAGGUCUGGAUGUCCCAUGGUGAUCAGGUUACCACCAUCGCUGAUGGAUUCCGUGUUAUUGCCACGACCAAUACUGCCCCCUAUGCCGCCGUGCGCCAUAACGAGAAACCUAUCUUUGGCAUUCAGUUCCAUCCCGAGGUCACCCAUUCUAUUGACGGAAAGCAGAUCCUCAAGAACUUUGUCAUCAAGGUCUGCAAGGCCGAACAAAAGUGGACCAUGUCCGAGUUCAUUGGCAAGGAGAUUGAGCGCAUUCGCUCUAUCGUUGGAGAAAAGGGGCAGGUUAUUGGAGCUGUCAGUGGAGGUGUCGACUCGUCAGUCGCGGCCAAAUUGAUGCACAUGGCUAUUGGAGAUCGUUUCCAUGGAAUUUUGGUCGACAAUGGAGUUAUGCGUCACAAUGAAUGUGUGGAUGCCAAGAAGAUGCUUGUUGAUAAAAUGGGCAUCAACCUCAAGAUUGCUGAUGCCAGCGACCGGUUCUUGGCCAACCUUGCAGGAAAGACUGAUCCCGAGCAAAAGCGCAAGGUCAUUGGUAACACUUUUAUCGAUGUCUUUGAGGAAGAGGCUAGGGCCAUCGAUGAGGCUAACGCUGCAUCAGGCGCACCACCAAUUGAGUUCUUGCUUCAAGGCACUCUUUAUCCUGAUGUUAUUGAGUCUAUUUCAUUCAAGGGUCCUAGCGCCACUAUCAAGACUCAUCACAACGUCGGUGGUCUUAAGGAGAACAUGAAGCUUAAGCUUAUUGAGCCUCUUAGGGAGCUUUUCAAGGAUGAAGUCCGUGAGCUCGGAAGAUUGUUGGGCAUGGACGAUGAACUUGUUUGGCGCCAUCCUUUCCCUGGCCCUGGCAUUGCUAUUCGUAUUCUUGGAGAGGUCACUAAGGAGCAAGUUGCUAUUGCCCGCAAAGCAGAUUAUAUUUAUAUUCAGGAGAUCAAGAAGGCUGGCCUGUACCGCCAAAUCGCUCAGGCAUACGCUGCUCUCCUCCCUGUGAAGGCUGUCGGAGUCAAGGGUGAUAAGCGUACUUAUGAACAGAUGAUCUGCUUGCGUGCUGUUGAGACCACUGAUUUUAUGACCGCAGAUUGGUUCGAUUUCCCUACUGCUGUCCUCAAGAAGAUCUCAUCACGUAUCUGCAAUGAGGUUGAAGGAAUCAACCGUGUUGUUUACGAUGUAUCAUCGAAGCCUCCUGCCACCAUUGAACUUGAAUAG